AUGACUACCAUCAUGUCAUUGAAGGUGCUAUACACCGUGGAUAGAGAAACCAGCCCAUAUCUUACGAGAAGCAAAACACCUGUGGAAGUGCGUGUUGAAGACAUUUCUAGUCCCAGCAACGACGGAUCGCAGAUCAAGAUCGGGAUGGUGGUGCUCAACGACGUGUUGGCAGAGAUCUGCGCCUCGUCUCCUGAACUAUUCAGCCUUGGAGUAGACUCCAACAUGGAUUACAACGUGUACUGCAGAGAUAUCUGCGAAAUGGAAGAGCCGUUGGUCAGUUACGGUCUUUUGUCGAAACUGCGAAAUGAAUCACAACAACGCCAAGCCGAGUCGGAUGCGCUGGACGCAAAUUGGCCCUUAGUAAUUGGACGAGUCUGUUCCAAUUUUUCAGCAAUGCUCAGAUUUCAAAACGCAAGCAGUUCACCCCAAAACCUGCAGCAAACGCUAGAGAUCAAAAUGCGUUUUUCCAAAGUUGCAACUGCAAACUCUUCCCGAAGAUCUAGCAUAUCAAAUAAAUCUGCCGUCAUGCCGAUGCUCAAAAAGACACCUUCUAUGAACCUCAACGGUGUCACCAGAAGAUUUUCCAAAACUACGGAGCUGGGGAAGCCCAACGAACCAGCUCCUUCUGUUGUUGCGAAAAGACUAACAAACCCAAAACCCGCUCCAAAAGCUGUAAGAACUCAAUCAUUACCAAUUUGGAAUCAAGAUAAAAAUAACCAAUUUGCAUUACCCACUAAUUCAAUCGCCCACAAGAUUUACCUCGCAGAUAGAGCUGCCAAAGACACAUAUAUAGGUCAAAAACAAGGCCAGGAUAAGAAACCAAUCUAUCAAAUAAGCACUUUACAACAGGACAACUCGGUUCACAAAACCAAGAUCGAUGAUUCUGUCAGUAAAAGGUUUGAUUUCAUCACCAAGAAAAAGGGCAAGAUGGGGAAACCGAGCAUGAAAAAACCUGUAACGAAGACAAAGUCUAAUAAUAUCACGAAAAAAGUUAGAAGAGACAGCAUACCAAAUACGAGCACCCCUCUUGCAAAUGAAUUACAAACGAACAAUAAAAGUGAUGAGUUGGAAGAUUACAAGCUCCUUGGUGACGACGAUUUGGUUCAGCAAUUGUUGGGCAGACAAAAAAUGAGGCCGGUGGACUACUUAGAGGCCGAUCAACCAGGUAGGUCUGAAGAAUCUGAUAACAAAGAAAACAUUCCACCACGUAUGACGCUAGCAGCUUCUCGGUUUGAAGAUCUCAUAGGAAUGGACAUCCCUUCCUCAAAGUCACCCAGUGAUAUCGAGAAAGCACUAGCAAAUCCCAGGAGCGAUGAUCCAAUGGAGUGGUUUAAUGAUCUUUUCGGAUCCCCUCUCCUGAGCCAAAAGACUACAACUCCAACAAAGGAUCCUUUGACCUGUAAUACUUUACCCAUUGAAGAUGAAGAACAGGACGCGGCUAAAGCACCAACCAGUGACAUGGAUAGAACAUCGCCCAUGGAUACAUUAUCAAUGCCAUUGUACGAGCUCGAGCAAAGAAAGCAAGUGACAAACAGCAAGCUUAUUCCGAGUUGCAAAGACCAGCUGAGGAGAUUGCCUUUACUGUCAAGACCCCAUAAUGAGCAUAGCUCCCAUGACGCAGAAGAUGAUGCUACAUCUGUCCUAAAUUUCUCCACACCAUCCAACGCAAGUAACCACUCCAUGAGCGGAAGAAACAAAAGGCCUGCUCCGGUACCGUCCUCGCCGGUCGAUGACGAGGAUUAUUUGGACGAGUACAUGCAAGAAACGCGCAGAAAACGAAAGGCGCUGCCUUCGUCCCCUACAUCUAUGUUCCAAUAUCAAGGAGUGCAUGCUGACGAAGAAAUGGCAAAUGAGAACACGAUCAAUAACGAAGAAUUUUCAAUACACGAAAGACCAGGUCGUAGUGAUGCAGAUUCAACACCUGCAACCCAAUACAGGUCUAGUGACGGGGAAAACACAAAGCAUGGAGAAGAUAAUCACGCGAUCUCAGAUCGCGAGGUUCCACAUAUUUAG